AUGACUUCAAGCAUGUUGAAUGGGGAACGAAGGUGGGCCUCUUCCACCAGAAGGGGUGGUAUGACCGUGUUAGGCAAAGUCGCUGUUCCAAAACCUAUAAAUUUACCCAGUCAGAGGUUAGAAAAUCAUGGCCUGGACCCAGAUGUGGAGAUUGUACCCAAGGGUUCCCUCAGCUGGGGCUGUAAAUCACCAUCUUCUGCAUUAAAUGCAUGGGGUUCUUCUCUAUCUCCAAAUACCAGUUGUGGUACUAGUUCACCCAGUCAACUGAGUGCCCGUCCAUCAUCUGGUGGAAGUGGAACCCGCCCUUCAACUUCUGGUAGUGAUAGGGCUUCUGAACUAACUAAUAGAGCAUGUGGGUCAAACUCCCGGCCUUCAUCAUCAUCUGGGGUACCGACAUCAAGUCAGACUUCUCAGACAUCAUUGCGUCCUCGCAGUGCUGAAACAAGACCUGGUAGUUCAGAAUUAUCUCGAUUUGCUGAACAAACGACUGAAAAUUCAGUGGCUUGGAAUGCUGCUAGAACUACAGAGAAAUUGGGAAUUAAACAAUGCAAGAAUGAUAAUUUUUCUUUGAGCUCUGGAGAUUUUCCUACUCUUGGUUCUGAAAAGGACAAAUCUGUACCUGAUUUUGAGUCCCAAGAUCACGGUUCUCAUAUUCGUUCCGACUCUUCUGCUGGACUUGGGAAAGAGAAAAAUGAGACCUCAACUGUCGAUGAUCUUCCUGUUCAUGCAAAUACGAAGUGUGAAACUGAAAAUUCUUGGAGAAGAGACGACCAGGCUUUCAAUGAGGAUGGUAUGAGGCAUGGAAUAGAGAAAUGGCAGGGGAAUCUCCAUCCCUAUCCUAAUGCUGGUGGCUUUCCAAUUGAACCAUUUCCAUUUUACCGUCCACAAUUUCCACAUACUGGUUUUGCGAAUCCACCUCAAGUUCCUCCUCCUGGAAGUGGUCCAAGAGGGCAGCAUAAUAAUGGGGAAGUCUACAGGCCUCAUAUGCCUGAUGCUUACAUUCCUCCAGGUAUGCCAUUGAGACCUGGUUUUUUCCCCGGCCCUAUGGCCUAUGAAGCCUACUAUGGCCCUCCAAUGGGCUAUUGUAAUUCCAAUGAACGAGAUGUCCCUUUCAUGGGAAUGGCAACUGGAGCUUCUGUUUAUAAUAGGAACCUAAGUCAUAACCCACCCGAGCAUGGCAUUUCACAAGGUAGAUCUGGUGGACACGGUCCUGUAGUAAAACUAUUGGCAUCAGAGCAGGUAGAAUCCAGUCAUACUCCUGACACCAGGCCAUACAGAGUUCUUCUUAAGCAACACAAUGAGUUGGAUGGAAAAAAUGAACCAAUGACAAACUGGGAGGACUCGUUAACAACGAAUGCAUCACAUGCCAAUGAGAGGGACCAAUCAAGAUUGCCUGUCCAGGAGAAUGAUCACAGAGGGAAAAUGGAGAUGGAUUUAAAGAGGAUAAGUGCUCAUAGCAAAGAAGCUUCUUCUCAAACAUUGGGAAAUCAAGGAUCUAUUUCUGUCAAGAAUACCAAGUCCCUUGAAAGUGCUGGAAGCUUUGAUAAUAUUUCGGAAAGGAAAAUGGAUGUUGUCAGUUCUAAUAAACUAGGAAUUGCCUCAAGACCGUCUGCCCCUAAAGAUUCUACUCUGAUUCAAAAGAUAGAGGGUUUAAAUGCAAAAGCCAGGGAUAUUUCAUCCACUAAAAGUAAAGAUGAUAGGAUGAAUAAGUUUUACACUGGUAGCAAAGUGGAUAAUGAAACAAGUGCUGGUGUUGUAUCUCUUGAGACAACCCUUGCCACUGAAGUAAAAAAUCCAACAGUUUGUGGAGUGGGUGCUUUUGGAGGCGAAAAGAAUUUGAAGUCAUCAGCUUUCAGUGAAACACCUACAUCCAGGCAAGUUUCUCAUGGCAUGCAAGGCAGACACAACCAUCGUAAAAGUAGGCUCGAUACUCAAGAUGUUGAUGGUUGGCAAAAGAAAUUUGGGGUUAUAGAUUCUUCAUCAUCAUCAGGUACGCAGUUGGAAGCAUCUAGCAUUCUUGUAGGUGAGCAUCAAAUAUCUGUUGAUGCCUAUGAAAGGUCUGGGUCGUAUAGCCAAGUAAGGCGCGAAGGAAUAUCUGUGCAAACCUUAUCUGAUUCAGCCAAUAGCCAUGAACAGCGUGCUAUAACAAAAGAGUUAUCCAAGCAGCAGACUAAGCAACUGCAGGUGGAGGAGGAGCGCACUAAAAAACAAAGGGCUAAAUCUCUAGUCAAGUUAGAGGAGGUAAACAGGCGCACAGAAGCAGUGGAAGGAUCAAUGCAGAAAGCGUAUGCUGCGAAUUCUCCCCUACAGAAUAGGCAAGAAGAAUUUCAAUUUUCUGAGUCCGCAACAGUAUUGGGAAAAUCCGGGAAUGCCAAUUCUUUUGUAAUGCCUAAUGAUAAUGAUGCAAGUCAGAAUGUUAUGAAUCCUAAUCAGUCGGCGACCCUGUACCAGAAUGUUAAUUGCGCUGAUGCCACAUCUUUACAGUCUCAAAACAAUGUUGCCUCAAAGCAGAGAAGAACAGGUUAUAAACAAAAGCAAAAUCUUUCCGACCCAAUGGCUUAUGUUAAUGUAUCUUCUGGCAUUGCUACAAAUGAAGUAAGUUCAGCCUUACCCAUGAAUUCAAUUUCUAUGGUUGAGUCACAUGGGAACCAGAAAAAGAAGAAUAACAGGAAUAAAAAACACAAACAGAAAGUUAAAGAUAUUUCAUUCUUGCCUGCAUUACCAACUGCAACGUUGAAGGAAGCCGAUCUUUCUAGUAGCUCUGUUGAUAAUAAACCCAGGGAAGACAUCGAGUUAGAUCAGGGAUCUCUUCAGUCAUCAUCUUUGUAUAAAGAUCCAAACCAGUAUUCAGAGCAAAAAUAUUCAGAAAUUGAAGAAUCCUAUGGUAGAACGAAUAACCUGUUGAAAUCACAGCACUCUCGUAGGAUGCCAAGAAACAUGCAGGCUAAUAGACUAACAGAGAAGUCCCAUGGGAGUGAUGCUUUGAUGUGGGCACCUGUUAAGCCACCGAACAUGGGCAUCUUGGAUGAAUCAAGUGAGAAAAGUAAAAUUGAGGCAAUUGUUCCUGCAAAGAGUGAACAGCAGGUGCAUAAUUUAAGAAAUAAGAGGGCUGAAAUGGAGAGAUAUAUUCCAAAACCUAUUGCAAAAGAAAUGGCUCAGCAAGAAAGUUCACAACAAAUGGGAUCCUCAAUCAGUCAGGUUCCUACAGAUGAAUGUGUUGAAAGAGUUGAUUCUGGUUCUGAAGGUCCCCAGAUAACGCAGAAUACUAUUUCAGGUGCUGGAAUAGUGAGUUCUGUCCUGGAGUCUAAAAUUGGAGAUAGCAGGCAGACUAGGGUUUGGAAGGGAAAAUCACAUGGAUCAUGGCGGCAAAGGAAUUCAACAGAAUCAAAAGAUGUGCACGACAUGCUAGAUGGAGUGAACCAUGGUUCAAAAUCCUAUCAAAAUAUUCAGAUACCGAUGGAACAUCAGAAAGUGCAGAUGUCUGAAACAAGAGGACAAUGGAAUCAUGCUAAUGACACCAGCAAACCUGAUGUCUCAAACAAUCCAGAGAAUUAUGAUUCAGCCGUUUCAGGGAAAGGAACGGUCAGGGAAAGGCAACUUUUUAGGCGACAGAAGGGCACAUGGGUGAACCAUGACGUUGAUCAGAAGAGAAGGGCUGGGGAGAUAAGGAAAACUGAAACACUGAUAUCAUCUUCUGUGCAUAAUCAACCAGAUAUGAAUGCUGUUUUGAAGGAAAAUCGAAGUAUUGGAGAACGUGGGUCGUCACACUGGCAACCCAAAUUUCAGGCAUCAAAUAAUCAGAGAGGAGAUAAACCCAAGAAAAAGGAGUUUACUCAUGGUGGAUCAUUUCCAGGUGCUAUAGACAAGGAUUCUAGCUUUCUUGCAGCACAACCUCCCAGCCAAUCAGUUUCUGAGAAGAGCAAGGGUAGAGAAGCUCCAACUUUUGGGAAUCUGGAGGUUAAAAGAGAUAGUAGAAACGCUCCACUAGAAGGCCAUCCCCACUCCGUAAAUCAGGGAGCUGUUAGCUCAAGUGAGCAGGCUCCAACAAGUAUGAAUUCUAGGAAUCAGCAUCGCCCAUCAUCCGGGGUUCGCCGAAGUGGAAAUCAAAGCCAUUUUGGGAAGGGACGUGAAUUUCAUGAAGAUUGGAAUAUACAUGCACAAGAUAACCAAUAUCAUCAAAACCGGGAAAAACAAGGCCCUCCUUCAAACUUUCACCACCAGUACCACUCUUUAGGACCAUAUGGAGACAGCAAAUCAGACAACUCUGAACGACCUAAAGAUGGUUACUAUCAGGCCGGGGGAAGAUUUAGGGAGAGGGGUCAAACUCACUCAAGACGAGGUGGUGGAAACUAG